CACACGCUCUUGGCUAGUUCCUUGGCUCAUGAGCCUAUCAAUUCAAUAUCACUAUCGCUGCCAUAGUUGAUUCUCGGCGUGAGGCCCGGCAGAGAAUGGCGUCAUUUGAGCCUGGCCUGUUUAAAUACAGGGCCAUCGCUCUAAGUUGGUUAAGAUGUUGCCGUCAUUCAAGAAAUAGAACAAUCUCCCUUCGGGCCCCAUAAAGGUGAAAGGCCGAUUAGAAGAGUGUUGACGAAAAGAAAACAUUCUACGAGCAGAGCGUGCACCACGGGAAACGCUUGCUCGAUAUACAUUAAUAGAUUUCCAUUCAUAUUAGCAAACCGAAAGCCGCUACUCAAGAAUCGCAGACAUCUCUCGACUUAAACCUGGGACAAUGUCACCAGGUUCCGGAAAGAAAGGUGGAGAGAAGCAGGAAUAUGUGAAACACCCGUUCCUACUCUCAGUCGACGAUGUGGUUCAACAUCUGCACACUGAUAUUGAGAAAGGCCUGUCGUCAGCGCGGAUACUAGAGCUCCAAAAGCAAUAUGGGCAGAAUAAGCUCGAAGGCGAAGGCGGUGUGAAAUGGUACUCAGUGCUGAUGAAACAGAUCAGCAAUGCCAUGAUUUUGGUUCUUGUCUUGGCCAUGUCCUUAUCUUACGGAGUGACGGACUAUGUCGAGGGCGGUGUCAUUACCGCCGUCAUCGUACUCAAUGUCCUUAUCGGCUUUUACCAGGAAUACCAAGCGGAGAAGAAAAUGGAUUCGUUGAAAAGCCUCUCAUCUCCCAGCGCAACCGUCCUCCGCGACGGCGAAAUUACUACGGUCCCCUCUGUUGAAGUCGUUCCUGGAGAUAUUGUACAGAUCAAGACCGGCGACACAAUUCCUGCCGAUCUUCGUCUGUUUGAGGAGAUGAAUCUUGAAAGUGAUGAGAAAAUCCUGACCGGUGAAGCGAUCCCCGUGGCUAAAGAUGUUGAUGCCGGCUUUUCCGGUAAGGACGAGCUUACCACGGGUGUCGGUGAUCGUGUCAACGUGUGUUACUCGUCCGCAACUGUCACCAAAGGCCGUGGGCGUGGCAUUGCCAUUUUCACCGGCAUGUCAACGGAACUGGGAAAGAUAGCCAAAUCGAUGCAAGGAAAACAACGAAAGCCAAACCGGUCAUUGUCGCGCAAAGACGGUGGAACAUUGCAACCAGCAAAGGGCCUGAGUCUUCGCAUCUGGGAUGGCAUUGGCAAGUUUCUGGGUUUGACAGAUGGCACUCCGCUACAGCGGAAAUUGUCGAAACUUGCCUAUGUCUUGCUUCUUUGUGCCUUGUUGCUGGCAAUUAUUGUCUUUGGUGUCAACAGAUUCGACGUCACGAACGAGGUCGCAAUCUACGCGAUAUCAACCGGCAUCGCCAUUAUACCCGAAUCUCUGAUAGCUGUAUUAACAAUUACCAUGGUCGUUGGAAUGACGCAAAUGCGCAAGCGCAAAGUUGUCAUUCGGCAAUUGAGCGCUCUGGAAGCGUUGGGAGGAGUGACCAACAUUUGUUCCGACAAAACAGGUACUCUGACCCAAGGAAAGAUGAUCACAAGGAGAGUGUGGAUUCCUGGUGUCGGCAUUUACAGUGUGAAAAACGCGGAUGACGCAUCCAAUCCUACUCGAGGUAUCGUCACGCUCGGACCGGCUCCAACAUCCAGGCUCGAAGCCGAGAAGCAGGAGGCUGAAAAGGCCGACGAACUUGACCAGAAGAGAAGCGGCGCCGCUCUUAAGUUUAACGAACCAGAAGAGAAAAGACGAAGAGUACAAAAUCGCGCCGCGAAAGAGCAGGAUGACAACGACAGCAAUGACAACGAAGAGAAGUCUGAAACUCCUGAAAUCGUCCCGGAGCUGAAAGCUUUCCUCCAAUCCACCUCGCUCUGUAACCUUGCUACAGUGCGCAAGGACGCAGAGAGCCAGAAAUGGUUGACAACUGGAGAUCCGACCGAAAUUGCUCUACAAGUAUUUGCACAUCGAUUUGACUCUGGCAAGAAGAAGCUUGUGGAAAGUAUGGGCUGGAGGCAGCUCGCCGAAUAUCCGUUUGACAGCACAGUCAAGCGCAUGUCUGUCGCAUUUAGAGUCCCUGAAGAAGAAAGGACUUUAAUCUUCACAAAAGGGGCCGUUGAGCGCAUACUCGAUCUAUGUGUCACCGUUGGUGUCGGCGAACACGAAAAGAAGAUGACUGAGGAAAUGAAACAAAGUGUAAUUGAGCAAAUGAACAUGCUUGCUGAGCAAGGUCUACGUGUUCUCGCAAUUGCUCGUCGAGACUGGCCUGAGGAAAUCAAUGAGCGGUCAGAGACCCCACGAGAAAGUGUUGAGCGAGACCUUACGCUACUCGGUCUUGCUGGCCUCUAUGAUCCUCCUCGAUUAGAGACUAAAGACGCUGUCCGAGAAUGCACUACUGCCGGUAUCCGCGUUCAUAUGCUUACUGGCGACCAUCCAAGCACUGCUCGCGCCAUUGCCAAAGAUGUUGGCAUUAUUCCCAAGGACUUGGGGAGCCUCCCUGCCGAUGUUGCCGAAUCCUUGGUCAAAACCGCUGCAGAGUUUGACGGAAUGUCUGACAAUGAAAUCGACGCAAUGCCCGAGCUUCCACUAGUAAUCGCUCGCUGCGCACCAGACACCAAAACACGCAUGAUAGCAGCUUUGCACCGCCGUGGCCGCUACGCCGCCAUGACUGGUGACGGAGUCAAUGACGCACCAUCUCUCAAGGCCGCAGAUGUUGGCAUUGCCAUGGGCAUGGGUGGAAGCGACGUUGCCAAGGGUGCAUCGGAUAUUGUCUUGACCGACGACAACUUUGCUAGCAUAGUCAAUGCCAUUGAAGAGGGCCGGCGCAUGUUUGACAAUAUCCAGAAAUUUAUCCUGCAUCUUCUUGUCUCCAACGUCGGCGAAGUCAUCCUCCUCAUUGCCGGUCUUGGAUUCCAAGACAGCUACGGAUUCUCCGUAUUUCCCCUCUCACCACUCCAAAUCCUCUGGAUCAACAUGCUCACAUCUUCGUUUCCCGCUUUCGGUCUCGGCCGCGAACGCGCCGCUCCAGAUAUUAUGAACCGGCCUCCGCACUCGAACAAGAAAGGAGUAUUCACAGGGCAAAUCCUCGCUGACAUGAUGGUCUACGGAGUUAUCAUGGGCGCCUGCACGCUUCUUACUUUUGUCAUAAUCGUCUACGGCGCCAACGACGGCGCUCUCGGCGAUGACUGCAACAAGGGCUACAACCCAUCCUGCGAGGUCGUUUUUCGCGCCCGCGCUUCUGUCUUUGCUGAACUCACUUGGCUCAUUCUCGCCUCCGCAUGGGAAUUCAAGUCCCUUCGGCGCAGCCUCUUCAAUCUCGGCAUCGAUCACACCACCCCAGCUAACCCCAGUGGAAGCGGCAGCGGAAAUGGCAACGGCAGCAGCAACCAAACUGGCGGUGAAAAACCCAGCGCUUCCGAUCCCGAGCUCGAAUCCCAAUCGCUCAGCGAAGGCAGCACAUGGCAGCGCCUCCGGCCCAAUCCGAAUGGCCGAUUCCACUUAUUCGCCGAUCUGUACGAGAACAAGUUCCUCUUCUGGGCCGUCGUCAUUGCUUUCCUCUCCGUCUUUCCCGCAGUCUAUAUUCCCGGCCUGAACACCAGCGUGUUCAAACACACUGGUAUCACGUGGGAAUGGGCGCUCUCUUUCGGUGCCAUCUUUGUCUUCCUUGCCGCCGUAGAAGCGUGGAAAGCGCUCAAGCGCAGAUUCGGCUGGUUUGCCCCCCGUGGAUUCCAAGACGACCUGGACCGCGCCGUCGAGGAAGAUCGUUUGGAUCAGGGGUCAGUUUGCGUCAAGGGUUUUUUACGAUAAGUCGAUCGUUUUCACGGACAUUAUCACUCAGUCGUACAGGAACUAUGACGAGAGAAAAGGAAACCGCAACCUCUCCUGCUGUCAGACAACUAUCUGGUUUGAGUUCUCCAAGUACAUAAUUAGCUGCGGCGUAGCAGCACAAGAGUGCUGAAGCGGUUUAGUUGAUUUAUAAUAUAGCUGU